CUGAAUAGUUCAUUCCACGAUAAUUAGUACAGAUCAAUCUGGAAAUGCCGACAAGCCCGAGAGCGAUCUGCAUGUUUGCAGGGCAGCGAAUCCAAAGUAUACCUAUAACCCAUUCUUAAGAGAUGACUCCAGAACGCAUAUUGAACCUGUUCACCAGGACAGUCCGAGGCAAUUAAUAGCGAGACGAUGUUGAACUUGAUAUCUUGAUAUUGUCGCUGUUUUGACCCCACAGGCCCGCUGGGCGGUGACAUCACCCUUUUGUCUGAGGUCAUCGCAUCAAUUGUUCUUCUUCCCCUCUCACAAUAAUGCUCAACUCGCAACUUUCGGUCUUAGACCUUCCCAUUAAACCACAUUUCUAUCAGAGAUUUGACUCCGAUCUUGUAAACGCUCUGUUUCGACCUCCUUUUGUUUCCCCUGUAUAACCAGCACGACACAGCGUGGAGCAGAACGGCAUCCCAUCGCCAACAUGGAAAUCCACCAUGUGUCGACUUCCUCCAAGGCGCUACUUGCCAAAGUGCGCAAGUUGGUGCCACCUAUGCUUGAGAAAUUCCAUAAAGGGCAGCUGGGCCGUGUAGCGGUUAUUGGAGGAAGUGCAGACUAUACCGGAGCUCCGUACUUCUCCGCAAUGGCCUCUGCGAGAUUAGGAUGUGAUUUGAGCCAUGUAAUCUGCGAACGAUCAGCAGCACCCGUCAUCAAGGCAUACUCCCCCAACCUAAUGGUUCAUCCGAUCCUACCCAGCAGCGCAUCCGUACCGAAUCCCAACAACAUCAAUCCACCCGAACUCGCUAGUCCGAUUAUCGCCAUGCUUUCUCGGCUGCAUGUUCUAGUGAUAGGACCUGGUCUUGGCCGUGACGCCGUGACACAAAAGGUGGUCUCAGAAAUCAUGAAGGAGGCGCGAACGCGGUCAAUACCUUUUGUGCUCGAUGCGGACGCUCUGUUACUGGUCACCGAGAACCCGGAGCUGGUCAAGGGGUAUAAGGAAUGCAUUCUGACACCCAACGUCGUCGAAUUCGGCCGUCUAGCCAAGGCGUUGGGAAUUGAUCUUCCCAACCAGGCUCAGAUCAAGGCAGGUUCCGAGGAGGAACAGACAAGCAAACAAUCCGAAGCUUGCGAGAAGCUCUCGAACGCUCUCGGGGGCGUAACCAUUAUUCAGAAGGGAGCCCACGAUGUCAUCUCUAAUGGAGUCACCAGCCUCAUCUCCGAUCUCCCAGGAGGUCUCAAGCGCAGUGGUGGUCAGGGCGAUACUCUGACCGGAUCGUUGGGCACAUUCCUUGCCUGGCGUGCUGCCUACCACGAAGGUCUAUGGGGGACUGGACAGGACAACGACAAGCCAGCGCAGUCGCGGGAGGAAGUGAAGGCGGAGCUAGAAUCCGAGGGAAAGCGGAUGUCUCCUGUUACAACUCUUCUUCUCGCUGCAUGGGCCGGUAGCAGCAUCACUCGCGAGUGUUCUCGUCGAGCCUUCAAGGCGAAGGGCAGAAGUAUGCAAGCCAGCGAUUUGACCGACGAGGUACAUGAGGCAUUCUUGACUCUUGUCGGUGAACCAGAGGGAUCAAAGAUAUAAAUGGCAUUCAUGAUCAAUGCCCCCUUAAUGUAUGUAUGUAUGUAGAGUGAUGAAAUAAGGAUGAUUUUGUGAAUAAAUAUCUAUACUCAAACGA